AAAAAAAAACAAAAAGAGAAGAAAAGAAGCGGCCAGCAUUGUCUGGGCUCUAACAUUGUACCAUAGACUUUUGGGCUUGUCGCUAAGUAAAACUCACCAAAAAUGCACAUUGUAUUAUCCCUGAAAAUAAGAUUUAAAAUAGAAAAUUGGAAAUGCAGUCGACCUCAUCAGCUCCAUUGCCCAAGUGCUCUUACCCUCUCCCAAACCACUUCCACUUCCACCAUCGACAUCCUAAGAAAAAACUCAACUUCCUAACCCUACCCCAAAAAACCAAAACCCACUUCACAAACCACUGUGCCCUUUACAUCUCUCACGCAAACAGUUGCAGCAAAGAGCACCAAAACAAAACCCAGAAGCACAACAGCGGCAAUCCCGACCCUUAUCAGAACGAUGCAUUAUUUCUACAACUGAACUGCUCCACUGGCACCGAAAGCUCCAAUAAUCAAAGCCCAGAAGCCCCUAGCGGAGAACAAGGACAAGAUCAAAGAGAGAGCGAAGCCGAUUAUCCCAAGGGACUUUCCACAAACAUGUGGUGGGCAGACGUGAAAGGAGCGUUGGGACAAAGGUUCAACUUUGGAGCCAUUGCUCGUUCAGCCAGGGUGCUCACAAAAGACAAGCACUUGGCACUGCCUCACGUCUCUGUGCCUGAUAUAAGGUACAUUGAUUGGCCUGAGUUGCAUAGAAGGGGUUUCAAGGGUGUUGUGUUUGACAAGGAUAACACUUUAACUGUGCCUUAUUCUUUGACGCUCUGGGGUCUUCUUGGCUCUUCAUUGGAGCAGUGUAAAUCUGUUUUCGGACCCGAUAUUGCGGUGUUCAGUAACUCGGCUGGUAAUAUUUUGCAGAACACAUAUGACCAUGAUGGUUCAAAAGCUAGGGAGCUUGAAGGGGCUAUUGGAAUCAAAGUCAUAAGGCAUAAAGUGAAGAAACCAGCUGGAACAGCUGAAGAGAUCGAGAAGCAUUUUGGUUGUAAAGCCUCACACCUUAUUAUGGUGGGUGAUCGGCCCUUAACUGAUAUCGUCUAUGGGAAUCAAAAUGGCUUUCUGACUAUUUUAACUGAACCGUUGAGUCUUGCUGAGGAGCCAUUCAUUGUUAGGCAGGUGAGGAAACUAGAAACAUCCCUUGUGAACCGUUGGUUUAGGAAAGGGUUAAAGCCCACCAGUCAUAGGCUGUUGCCAGACGGUAUGCAGUGUGUGAAACAUUCACCACCCUUGUAAGAAUUAUUGUUGAUAUAGUCAAAAACAAAAAUUAUUUUAUCUGUUCCAGUGAUUUCGUUAGUUUUACCAUUUUUUAAUUCAAAGCAAUGAGAGAAAUUUCUGUCUUCU